AUCUUUUAAGCAAUUAAUUGAAUAAUUUUUGCACAAUAAAAUAUGAUAUAAGCCAUGAUCAUAAGCCAUAGCAUAUGCUAAUAUUUAAAUACAUACACUUUCUAUAGAAUAAUAUAAUUGUAUUAAUCGAUAUUCUUGUAUUUUCAAUCUAUCAUUUGCUAUUUUAGCAUAUUUCGAUAUGACAAACGAAUUGGAAAAAUUUCAUAAUAUAAAAGCAACUCAAAAAAAAUAUUGCGCUAGAUAAACUAUCAUCGAUAAUAUGUCAACAAACGAACAUAUUCUCGAGAAAAUGGAAAAAGCGGCCACUAAAUUCAUCCAAAAUUUAAAUAAAAUCACAAAGAUAGAUACUACGAAAAAACCGACGUAUCUCAAUCCUGAAACAGAUUCUUCAGAACUUUCGAAAUCACCGAUAGACUCACUGCCAUCGAAAAUAGAAAAUAUACGCGAGGUGCAAAAUAUGGAAAUGAAAGUUCCGCCAGACUCGUUCACACCGCUAGAAGCAGCCGCUAUAUCCUCUAUUCUCCAAGAAUGUCUAGAUCAGCUCGCCAUAAUCGAAUUCAUGAUACCGGCCAACGUCGAUCCACGCUGGGACGAUACGUUCAAAACGAUCGAUGAGACAUACGGGGUACCUGACGAGCCUAGAAUAAUCUUCAAAAGAGAUAUGGGCCUGUCAAUUAUAUCUACGGAGGCUGAAAAACUGCAAAGAGACAGGAAUUACGUGUAUAAAGUUCUCGAAAGGGUUCUCCAUGAAAUAAAGAGUCGGGGGACAUUUGACAGUCUACGAGAAGAAAAUGAUAAUAUCGCAAAGAAACAGGAAGGCGAACGUAAUCUCGAAGAGAGCGCUGAAACGUGGCUCAGUCAAGUUAAAGAACUUCGAGAAUUACUAGAAUCUGACAAAAAAGCAAACGAGGAAGAUAGGAAGAGGACGAUAGAACUUGCCCAGGAAAGCGAUGCGCAAAUCGACUACGCGAUAUUCUUAAAUAACGGAAAAAUGAGUAACGUAUUCACGUAAAUGACCUUUUCAGUAUUCUGAUCGAAUAUAUUCUAUUCAGGCUAUGCAGAAAAAUGGGCAAAGGCUAGAUUGGAACAGCAAGAACUUAAGUUGCAUCGAGAAAAGAAAGAUAUGUUGAAUAAAAUAAACGAGUAUUCGAAAGAAUACAAUGCAGAGCAAAUUGUUUCAGCGGAAACGAUCGCCUUUUUAGAGACAAAUAUCAAAGAAAAGGAAGAACAGAUAGAUAUGUGGACGAAAAAAUACAAUAAAGAGAUUGUGGAAAAACAACAGGAAAUCGAUGAUUUACAAAGCUUGAUAGAAGAACAGAACUUGGAGAUGGAGAAAAUGCGCGAUUUAAUGGACAAACGACAGAAAUUUAUCGAAGAAAGAAAUAAAGAAGAAAAGUUAAAUAAAGCCGCGACACGUAUCCAAUCGAUAUGGAGAGGUCACAUGGUGAGACAAGAAUUAGGAGAGUAUAAAGAUCUGCGACAACGAUUGAGAGAGCGGAAGAAAUUAGACAAACGAAAAAAAAAAUGAAACCGCCUGAUAAACUGAAAAAAUAAAAAGUACGUUUAAGCUAAGAAAAAGUACUAAGAAAAAGAGAAAGAGGACUUCAGUGUCUAAACAAACGAUAGAAAUUUGAUAUUUUAUUAUU